GAUGGGUACAGCACCUUAGGUAUUACUGCAAUGCACCGGCCGACGGCAAUGACGGAGGAGCUUGGACACCGCGCGCCGCGACUUCCACGUUGUUCCUUUUACUGAGUGGCCCCGUUCCCCUCCACUGUCCAUCCGUACCUACUCCGUGCAUACCUUCUUCUUGUGCUGUCACCUGUUGUCCCACCUCGAUAUUCUUUUUCUUACUUCUGCAUACUCUUCUGCUUGUCUUCUUCGUUUCCGCCUUUCUCAUCUUCAACUUUCGAGUCCCCAGCCUAAUGCAGACUUGGCCUUUCUUUUCUUGCCUUGGCUGAUUCACUUCUCCUCCCCUGUUCGACCUCGACUCUCUCUCUCUCUCUCCAACUACCCCACGCUCAUUCUCUGAAUCACCAUACAACGGCUAACAUUUGACGAACACCGAAUAUAACGUCCUCCGCGAUUCGAUCUACCUCGCUCUUACACGCAGGAUAAUCAGCGCAGGCUCGCGACAAUGGCAGUGGCAGCGACAUCACCGUCGCCCUCGGCGGCAGUCGACCCCUCCACGCGCAGACGUGUGCUCAGGGUCAUUGCCAUCUCUCUGCUUCUCGACCUGAUAUCCUUCACCUUCAUCCUCCCGCUCUUCCCCAAGCUACUCGAAUUCUACCGCGACCGCGAGGUCGGCCCUGAGAUCGCAAACGCAACCGGCCCCGCCACCCUCCUCCAGUCCGUGUUGUCCGGUCUGAACCGUUACAAGGCCGCUUUCGCCCGCCCCAUCGACUCCCGCUAUGAUAUCGUUCUCCUCGGCGGCGCCCUCGGCUCCCUCUUCAGUCUGCUCCAGGCCAUCGCCUCCCCGCUCAUCGGCCACCUCUCGGACCGUCACGGCCGCCGCACCGCUCUGCUAGCCUCCAUGUGCGGUAACAUCCUUUCUGUGCUCCUCUGGGUCGUCGCCGUUGACUUCCGCACCUUUGUCGCCUCUCGCGUCGUAGGCGGCCUGUCCGAGGGCAACGUCCAGCUCGCUACCGCCAUGGCGACGGACAUCUCGGACGAGCAGAGCAGAGGCUCCACCAUGGCCCUCAUCGGUGCCUGCUUCUCCAUCGCCUUCACAUUUGGUCCGGGUUUGGGCGCCUGGCUGAGCAGUAUCAGCACCGUCAAGGAGAACCCCUUCGCCACGGCCGCCGGCUUCAGCUUGUUCCUUAUUCUGACCGAGACUGUCUACCUCUACUUCUGCCUCCCCGAAACCCUCCCCUCGUUGACGGGCAAGGGCCGCGGCGCGAAGAAGGAUGACAAGACCACGACGAAACCGAAAUCGACACCCCUGGUCCGAACGAACUCGCACUUCCUUCUCAAUGCCGUUCACUUUGUCUUCCUGCUCUUCUUCUCCGGCAUGGAGUCCUCUCUCUCAUUCAUGACAUACGAGCUUUUCGCCUUCGGGUCCGCCAAGAACGGCCGCCUUCUCGGUUUCGUUGGUCUCGUCGCCUCUAUUCUUCAGGGUGGUGUCACUCGCCGCCUCCCACCUCUGCUCUCCGUGCGCACUGGUGUCGUGGCCUGUCUGGCGUCCUUUGUCCUCCUAGGCCGCAUCACCACCACCGGCGGGCUGUAUGCCGCGGCGACAUGUCUGGCCGUCACGUCUGCAACCGUCGUCUCGGGUUUGAACACGCUGAGCAGCUUCGAGGCUGCCGAGGACGAGCGCGGCGGCAAGCUUGGUAUCCUCCGCAGCUGGGGCCAGCUUGGCCGUGGCUUGGGACCGAUUCUCUUUACCAGCGUGUACUGGUGGGCUGGCCGCGAAGUUGCGUACACCAUGGGUGCCACGGGCAUGGCCGUCGUGGCUGCUGCGGUGUUUGCGGGCCUCAAGACGCCGCCCGGGUCAUUGAAGAAGAAGGUGCCUGCCGAGAAGAAGGCGGCGUGAAACAGCUUUGAUGUGUAAAACAGUGAGAUAGAGCCUAUUGUGAGGCAUUGUAUGCAAGAUCUCUUUUUUUUCUGUUGAUAUUUGAUCUACUGUACAUGUAUUCGGAAUAGGGGAGCAUUUUCAAGGAGUCUGAUACAAGGUUCAGUGUAGUAUACUCAGGGGGCAAAUGUACAUGAUGUUCUGUUUUAUUAAAUAUGGUGGCAAGCUCUGGAUGUGUUCAUCUUCAUGGGAGUCUCCUAAGUAACGUCUCGCAUGGGGUCUGGAAGCUUCUUGUAACUUCAAAAAAUGUCACUCUAACAGUCUUGUACAGCAUAUCACGCACACGGAAGCUAAUUAGGGGCAUACGAAACAUCGGAGUGAGUAAUCCGCCAAGAGAAUCACCGAGUAAUUAUUUCUCUUUGAUCCUGCUAUUCUAUCGCAUCUCAUCGCGUCAAGCCAACAGCACCUCACAGCCCGACCCAUUCGAGCGACUUCUCCCAAAGCAAAGUCGCCUUUUCAACAUCAUACGCGUGCUCGCCGUACCCGGGUCCCCACGGCUCCCCAGCCGGAUCCCACGGCCCGAUAAUCUGACAGUCCUCGAGGUACAGCCCACCUUUACCCUCGAGCGCCGCCGCCGUGGCGGCCCACACGGACGUCGAGGCCCCCUGCGGCGCCGUCUUGAAGAUCUUGGAGAGGUACGGGUGCUUGGCGAAGCCGCCCUGCUGCUCCUCGGGCAUGUGGCGCAUCAGCUCCGUGAUGACGCCUCCGGGCUGCAAACUCAGGGCGUGGAUCCCCUGGGCGCCGUACCGGCGCUCGAUUUCGUUGGCCGUCCAGAGGUUUGCGGUUUUGCUCUGGGCGUAGGUCGCCAUGGGGUCGUAGCAGCCGUCAAAGUUGAUGUUGGCGAAGUUUGGCUGGCCGAAGCGGUGGGCUACGGAGGAGACGAUGACGACGCGGGAGGAGGUGCCGGAUGGGGAGGUUGUCGCGGCUUUGAGGAGGGCUGGUUGGAGGAGGUUGAAGAGGAGGAAGUGCGCGAGGUGGUUCGUGCCGAACUGCGUCUCGAAGCCGUCCCUUGUGCGGCCUUCGGGCGGGGUCAUGACGCCCGCGUUGCAGAUGAGGAUGUCGAGCUUGUCCGUGCUGGCGAGGAAGGCGGCGGCGCAGGCGCGGACGCUGGCGAAGGAUUCGAGGUCGAGCUCGAGCAGGUGGACGCGGGCUGUGUCGUUGACGAGGUCGUCGCCGAGGGCCUUGCGGGCUUUGGCGAGGUUGCGGGCUGUCAGGUAGAGGGUUGCGCCGGCGAGGUAGAGGGCUUUGGCGGUCUCUGUGCCGAUGCCGGCGGAGCAGCCUGUGAUGAGGGCUGUUUUGGAGACGAGGCCUGAGGGGACGAGGUUUUCGUCGCGGACGAUUUGUUCUGCUGUUGGGCGGGCGUCGCCUGGGCCCUUGGGGUCGGCGUGGAUUGCGACGUAGCGGUCUGCCAUGAUGGUGGUGGUGGUGGUGGUGGUUUGUUCAGGAGAGAGGGAGGAGGUUGUUGAUGGAAUAGCUUGUUGAUUUACGUUCGCAGACGAUUGAGAACUUGAAAUUGUGAUGAUCCAUCUUAUCGUAGUCGCGGGAGGGCUUUAUAUGACACUUGGACUCUUCACUCUCAUCAUUGAGAGUUUGCGACUAUGACGUUACAGAAGCCACAGUAUAUACGGAUUUACCGUAGCUAAGAGCUGUCAUCGAAUCCACAUGUGGUGUUUUGUUUUAGUCUUGCUUUGCCCCCGGUCAGCAACUAGCUUGACUCGCAGCCAUAUGUCCGGUCUCGUCCGACAUGCUAGACCUCACCACGCAUUGCCAGACUUGGAAAUCAUUCGCCGUAAAUUCGCACAUUCGUCGACAAGAUGGCAGUGAUUGCUUCUGAAUCGAUUCGCGGGU